AUGGUUGGCUUCGACAUGCGCGGUUUGACCCCGGCUCCGGUCACCCCCUUCACCGAGGAUGGAGCCGUGGACUAUGAAGCCAUUCAGCGUCUUGGAUCUUGGCUCGGCAGCAUCGACGGGGUGAAGGGUCUUGUUGUUCUCGGCCACGCUGGCGAGGGCACCUUCCUCACCGUUGACGAGCAAGUCUCCGUCAUCAAGGCCUUCGUCAAAUCAGUUGACAACAAGGUGCCCAUCAUCGCCGGAAUCACCGGCGAAGGUACAGAGGUGGCUGCUCUUGAGGCGAAGCGUGCCAAAGAAGCCGGCGCAGCAGCAGGCCUCCUCUACCCUUCUCACGGCUGGUUGCGCUUCGGAUACCAACCUGGUGCGCCUCAGGAUCGGUACCGUCGCGUCUACGAGGUCUCCAGGCUGCCACUCAUCCUUUUCCAAUACCCAGACAACACCAAGGCUACCUAUAACCUGCAAACCAUGCUCGACAUUGCCGCCCAGCCUGGCUGCUUCGCUAUGAAGAACGGCGUCCGCAACAUGCGUCGGUGGGACACUGAAAUCCCAGUCAUUCGUGCACAGCGACCAGACCUCCAGAUUCUCUCUUGUCAUGAUGAAUAUCUCCUGCACACCUCAUUCGACAUUGAUGGAUUCUUGGUCGGAUAUGGCAACAUUGCCCCGGAGCCUUUGAUUGAGCUUAUCAAGGCCGGCAAGGCCAAGGAUUACCAGAAGGCUCGCGCGAUCCACGACCAGCUCCUCCCUGUGACGAAAAGUGUUUACCACCGUGGGUCUCAUAUGGAGGGUACAGUGGCACUGAAGCAUGCGCUUGUUGCUCGAGGAAUUUUGACUCACGCAACUGUCCGUCCACCUCUUCUGCCACUUGAGGACGGUGCGGAACAGGAGAUUCACGCUGCUAUCAAUGCUGCAUCACUGAGCAAGGUGGUUCUAUAG